GGCCGGGGAAAGAUCAUGGCUGGUCGGACUUUAGCUCUGCGCUAUGGCCCGCCCUGGCCCCCCAUCUCCCGGACCGAGGUGCCAGGAUCCUGGCCCAGCUGGCAUCUCACCAGCAGUGGUAUCGCCCACCACAUUAUCCCACCCGUGCCUUUCCCCCCGCCCACUCUCCAGUCCGCGGUGGCUGCGCCCCUGCCUCCAGCCGCAAAGCAGGGUUUACGCAUCUGGGCUUUCGACGAGGUCAUCAACAGAUGGGAGACGACCUAUGGCUCGGCUCACGUGCUAAAGACCCACGGCGGGCCCUACGCACAGCCCAGGGCCCCAGAGCCUAGGGAUCCCAUGCGGAUUAUGGGGAUCAAGGAGUUAGGGGAAAAGCUUGGACAUCGCAGCCUCCCUCCGACCACAAAGCACCAAAACAGUGAAAUGAGGGCGCAGUACACCGGCUGGCCCAGUCUGGACCAGCGCGCCGCCUUCCACGUCGGGUCGCAGCCGCUGCAGCUCGCCGGCCACCACUGCGGGAGCCCUUACCAGGCUCUAAUUCCCUGGAAGAAGAACCGGGAGCUGGCAGGCCCACCUUUCACUGUGUCCGAGCAGGGCAUCCUUGACCGCCAUCAGCUCUAUCUGACCACCUCGGCCCGGGAUUUCCGAGCCUACCAGAAGAAGGAGUUGUUGGGGUACCCCCGCAAGGACACUUUGACCUACUGGAGCUUCAACGAGACUCCCAAAGCCUGGGGCCACGGCCCCCAGCUGCCGCCCCUUCCCGGCUCCUCUCGCCUGGGGCAGCGGCGGCGGAUGCGUGUGCCCCGUGCCCUCCCAGUGACGCCUGCUGUGCCGCACCAAGGGGCGCUGUCUCUGGUCCAGGAGUCAUACAGCCCUCCGCUGCACCCGCUCCGCCGGCUUAACCAAGUCUGCCCGCUGGAGCUGCCCUGGGGCGGCCUCCACUGGAUGCCCGUGCCGGCCAUCUACCGUGUGCCGCAAGCCUACCGCACGGAGAACUCCAGCUACGGCAGCUUGAAGCCCGCGCUCGUCUGA